UGGACAAUUUCCUCGGGCCAUCGUCUAUCCGCCUCACCGGCUCCGUGCUCCGGCCACCACCACCAGAGCCGCCGCCCGAGGGUGUCUCCGGCGACUCACCUCUCCAGUCCCGUCGCCGCACGCGAAGCCCAGAGACCCGGCGCGGCGGAGGGGAGGAGGAGGAGGGAGAUGAGGGCCGUGGUGCAGCGCGUCCUCUCGGCCAGCGUCGAGGUGGAGGGGCGGGUGGUGUCGGCGAUCGGCCCCGGCCUCCUCGUGCUCGUCGGCGUCCACGAGGCUGACACGGACGCCGACGCUGACUACAUUUGUCGGAAGGUUCUCAAUAUGAGGCUAUUUCCUAAUGAGAAGACUGAAAAGGCAUGGGAUCAGAGUGUUAUGCAGCGGAAAUUUGAAGUUCUAUUAGUCAGUCAAUUUACCUUGUAUGGAAUCCUGAAGGGUAACAAGCCAGAUUUUCAUGUUGCUAUGCCACCUGCUAAAACAAAGCCAUUCUAUGCUUCUGUAGUCGAGAAGUUUCAGAAGUUCUACUCAACUGAUGCAGUGAAAGAUGGAAUUUUCGGAGCAAUGAUGAAGGUUUCUUUAGUGAACGACGGCCCUGUAACAAUGCAAGUUGACUCACCCUCAUUGCAAAAUCCUGCUCAGUCAAGCAACGGUGAUGUUGGCUUGGUUGGGGAUAAUGAAGCAUGAAUUCCUAAAGCGAAUUGUUAAAUCUCGGUGUCUGAUCUUCUACACUCACUGCAGAUGAUUUGGACCUGUCCAUUGUCCCACAUUGAGUCAAACAGAAUUUUGAGUUUAUUGUUGAGGGUUGAGCUCUUGGCAAGCGCUACAACUCAUGUUUCCAUUUAUCCACUGAUAUGUUGAUUACUGGGGACAUAUUGUAGAAUUAUUCCUUGUGGAUUAUCAUUGAUCUUCCAUUUAUUUUCAGAUCUCAAAUUUGUUCAA